GCUUCUGUACUUCCUCCUCCACUAUGGCAUCCGUCGUUAGCGUUGGGCAGGCGCAACUAACCGUCGCUAAUGUCUCCACCACUGCAAACUGACACUGACCCUGACGUCGCCAAUGGCGCAGUAAAUAACGAACAAACACAUCUAAAUAGGUAAACAAGACGGAACCCCGACACAUUACCAUUAUUUCCUCAUCAACAUACACAUGAAAGGCUUACACAGUACCUGGCAACAUCAUGAGUGGCCCACCUCCGUCAACCAAGGUCGAGGACGACUUAGCAAGGCUUUUCAGCAGCAUUGAGACCAAAUUCAAGUCAACACAGCUCAAUAACGAUAGUUGGUAUAUACUGGCUCUUGCCUGCCUGACAGCGAGUCCGGACCCGGAGGCAUCAUCUCAACUCUACACCUACCUCACCAGCCAGCCCCAUUACACCACAAGCGACUCCCGUAAGGCCCUGGUUCGCCGUCUCAGAGAGGUCUUGGUCAAGUCAAUUCCGAUUAUCGGAGUCUGCAAACCAAUUGAGGCAAUCGUCGCCAUCAGUCAAGUUGAGCGACCCGAGGACAAGGACUUCACUUCCACGCGCGAGAACUGGCAGUGUGACGAAGCCAACCACGAACGCGCCAUGGGCUGGCUGCGAAAAGUUUAUACACAGAACACGAGCAGCACUCUCGGCCUCUUCGACGCUCACAAGGACUUCGCCUGGAUCUCCACUGAGAUCACCUAUGGCUUGUACUUGUCUGAUCGCCAGGUGCUGGGUGAUACUGACACACAGUUGGUCACGUUGUCGGGCAUGAUGAUGCAGAAUCUGAAGAAUGAAUCACAUUGGCAUAUUCGAGGCACAAGAAGAAUCGGCGUCUCAAAGGAUGACGUCCAGAUUAUCUGGGAUGCAAUCCAGGGGGUGGCAAAGCACUUUGGCAUGAAGUUGCACAAAGUGUCAACGGUCGAUGAGGUUGAGCUGGAUGUUUGAUUCUUGAGAUUCGGAUCCCGGCAUGAGCUAGGUAGAGAUGAACGGAAAAUUUGUUUGGCCAUAAACAGACGAUAAAAUCCCGAUGAUCUAUGAAUUUGAAGAUAAGUCCCAGAUCGUGAACGACGGUGAUAAACACCAGGUUAUUAGGUGUAUUGAACACCAGAGGCAUGCUUGGAGCUUGAGUAUGUACAUUUGCCGAUCAUGUCAACAUGAGUUCACCUAUCAAAGAGUUCUAGUGCUGCAUGAUCACACUGUGACACCGAUGAUGCCAAAUUUGCGGCUAGGCUACUAGAUGCGAUGUAUCUAACUAAUUAAUAUGGGCCUUGGAACAUAC